CUGAGCUCCCUGUAUGGAUGUCGCGAACGUUCCUCAACCGCCAUAUCAGCGCAAUCUAUCUUUCACGUCUCUGCCCGGCCUUGGUUAUCUGCAUUCACGUUGCGGAGAAACUGGCGCAAUAACAAUACAACUGGCUACUACUACCUGCGAAUUUCGUUCCAGCUCCCAAAACCCAGACCGCUGCCGCAAUGGCCGCCAGCAAAGCGUCCCGCAUCGGGGAAGAAAUCUGGAAGUAUGGUGUCCUGGCUUGAGGAAUUAGCACCGCUUAGAUCUAAUCGCAUCGAUAGAACUCGCAUAGAUAAAGUGAAUGCCGAGCUGGUGACGCUGACGUACGGAACUAUCGUCUCGCAACUAUGCAAGGAUUUCGAAGACGACUACCCAGAGGUCAACCGACAACUUGACAAGAUGGGCUACAAUAUAGGCCUGCGACUCAUCGAAGACUAUCUGGCAAAGUCAAAUACUAUGAAAAGAUGCUCCCAUUUUCGGGAAACCGCAGAUAUGAUAUCCCGGGUUGGAUUCAAAAUAUUCUUGAACAUUACACCGCAAGUGACAAAUUGGACAGCCGACAACAACUCAUUCUCCCUGGUAUUUGACGAGAAUCCAUUUGCCGACUUUGUCGAGCUACCGGACGAUGGAAGGGCGCAGAACGAGCUCUGGUACUCUAACAUUUUGUGUGGAGUGUUGAGAGGGGCAUUGGAGAUGGUUCAGAUGCAGGUGGAAGCGCACUUUAUCAGCGACGUCCUCAGGGGGAACGACACUACAGAAAUGCGGGUAACAUUGAUACGCUACAUCGACGACGAGCUGCCGCCGGAAGACGAUUGA